AAGCUUUUAUUUUGAUGAUCCCAAUCUCCAAAAGAGACCGUCGGUUCGUCACAAGCUUAUUACAGCCGCCGCAUCAAAAUUGAACGCACCGACGGCUUCCACACAACCCGUAGUGCAUCUUCCUUAAGACUGAUUUCUGGCGGGACUCAACCGAGUUCUUAAAUUCAUGCCAACAACAAAAGAUGGAUUUCUCUGAAGACUGGAAGUCUCUGUGGCCAAUCUCCUCUGUUUUCUCAGCCCCAUCCCUCCUUUCCUCCGUAGGCGGCGGAGGCGGAGCUUCUUCGACUAAAUCCAAAGACUUGGGACCUCUCGUCUUCAACCCAGUUCCCGAAACCUUAACCCAACUCUUCGCCUCUCCCUCUCUCGCUCCUCUCCUCCCUCCUCCUUACCCACGCCUCUCUCUCUCUAGAUUCCUCCAGACCUCCGCUGAAGCCUCCAUCCUUCACUCCACCAGCACCUCCGUCGGCCGCAGCCUCGGCCCACAGCUCUCCGACUCCGGUGCUUCCACGCUGCCCCACAACCGCCUUCAAUUGCUUCGGUGCGGACCCAAAAGCAAUUCAGUUCUCGCCUUCUUUCCCACCGGUGACAACUCCGAUCGAAUUGGGUUUCUUCUGCUGUCAGUACAGGAUCGCAAAUUGAAUGCUAGAGGAGAUGGGGGUAAGAUUUUUACCGCUAAAACUAAUUUCAAUCAUCGUAUUGUAAGAUUAUCUAUUAACCCAGUUGCUGAUUGGUGUUCGAGUUCUGGUAAAUUAUGUUAUACUACUGUUGGGUAUUUGUUAGCUUAUACAAUGUACUCUGUUCAUUGGUUUAGAGUGAGAAUCAGGGGACUUGGUACGGAUUCGGAGAGACCGGUAUUAGAUACUGUGGGUAGUAAAUUGUUUAAGAGUUCUUCUGUUGCGCAUGCUUGUUGGAGUCCGCAUUUGUGUGAAGAGAGUGUGGUACUCCUAGAGAAUGGUGAUUUGUUCUUAUUUGAUUUGGAUUCUUGUUCUAAAACUCAGGGUUUGAGUGCUAAAUUUAUUGGGAAAAGGCUGAGGGUUCGAUGGGAUGAUUCAAUUAGUUUGGAAGAGGGUGGAUGGUUGAGCUGUGAAUUUAGCUGGCAUCCGAGGAUUUUGAUUGUUGCUCAUUCUAAUGCUGUGUUUCUAGUGGAUUUGAGGUCUGGUGAAGGCAAGGUGAGCUGUUUGCUGAAAAAUGAGAAGUUAGUUAUGGAUACAGUUGUUCUAAAAGAUCCAUUUGUUGAAUUUUCUAAGGUAGGAUCUGAUGGUUUUUAUUUUGCCGUGGCUUCUGGCCAUUGGCUGCUGCUUUGCGACUUGCGUAAGCCAUUAAUGCCAUUGUUGCGAUGGGCACAUGAUCUUGAUCACCCGUCUUACAUUGAUGUGUUUCCAUUAUCUGUGAUGAGGUCACACUCGAAUGAUGGUAAUUAUAAGUGGGCUUCUGAGUCAGGCUAUUGCAUUGUUAUGGGGUCAUUUUGGAACUGCGACUUUAGUAGCUUUUGCUAUGGGCCUCCUCUUAGUGGAUCUGUUGCUGCUGAAAUUUCGAAAGGUUGCAAAUCAUUUUAUGCAUGGGAGCUCCCUUCAGAGCUCUCACUGUCAGGUCGUGAGUGUCCCUGUGGAAGUUGUCUAGUGAGAGAAGAGUUCUCAAAGGAUGCUCUUCCUGAAUGGAUUGAUUGGCGGCAAAAGAAAGAAAUAGUUUUGGGGUUUGGCUUCCUUGACAAAGACCUUUCUACCCAGUUGUUUGAAAAGGACAGUUUUGGUGGGUUUACGCUAAUUAGACUGAUGUCCUCGGGGAAGCUUGAAUUACAGAGAUACUGUGCCUCAUGGGAAUUCCAAAAAAAAUGGGAAGAAACCCACAAAGAACCACCUCUUCAUUUUGAAGAUUCUCUCCUAUACGCAGUGGGUGAUGCGGAAUAUACUUUUUCUAAGAGCUUUUAUUACCUGAAACUUGAUUUCCUAAAUGGGUAUAUGAAAGGUAAUCUUGCCAAAGUUCUGGGUGAAAAGAUGAUAAAACCUUGUAAGGGUCCUCGUGAAAAGGAAUCUUUUAGUAUUGAUUGCCAUCAAUAUAUUUGUGAAAAGUUGAAGGCAUGUGGAUUCAGUAGAAAAAGAUCAACUUCCACAGUUUCUGAAGUGCUUAAAGACACCAGCUUGCCGACCACCAUACAUGAAAUUGCUUCGAGGAAUUUAUGGGUAGGCUUGCCUAUGGAUCUGUUACAGUUGGCUUUUUCCACCUACUCAGAAUUCCUUGAAGUUCUUGUGGACAAGAAGAAGGUAUCCUUGGAAUUCUUAAAUAUUCCCCUCCAACCCCAGUUGCCUCCUUUCUUCUUGCACAAGCCUUCAUGCCGUAGCAGUAAGUGGUCAAAAAAAGUGCAGCCUGGUGAUGCACCUGCGGGUCCAGUUCUUCCUCUUCCUAUUCUGCUCACUCUACAUAAGCUGCGUGUGGGAGAAGAAGCAGAUGUAUCGUCAGCUGAUACUCAACUUUCUCUCAAGUGCAACGAGGUCAUGCAGGUAGCCAAUGAAAUUGCCAUGUCUGGUUCUGGCUCUGAUCUUCAAAAUGACCACGCUGUUCACCUUGGCGAUGACAGAGAUGAGAUGUAUUAUGGGUCCCAAAAAGAUUCAUGCUAUGGCUCCCAAAAAGUGAAUAUUUUCUCUUUACAUGAACCAGUUGCAUUCUCUGAGAAGAUGUCCAGCAUGGAUAAAAUGCCAGAGAAUUCUGCUUCUAAAGAUGAGAGAUUUACGACCUUGGUUUUUAAAACACCUGAGAAGAAGCUUGUCUCUAAUGUCAAAAUGGAAAUGGAUGGACCAGACAUGUUUGAUGCCCUGUGUCCACUAGAGUUGAAGUUCAAUGAUUGUGCAACAAAAUUUGGUCCUAAGGAACUGAAAACAUACAAAUUGUUGAAUAGACAAUUUUCAAAAUUUCUAGAAGGAUUUUAAUCUAUCUCAGGAAUUCUUUAGUAGGUCUAACUUCCAGAAACAUGGUCCAUGAUAUUGUUUAUUAGUUUUCAUUUUCUAUUGGGGGUGAAUUUGGCUUGUGACACCCUCUUCUUUUGCUUUCCUUUUCUCGUUUUGUUAAUUAACUUGUAAUGAGUGGAAAGUGCACAGAGCUAUAAUAGAAAUGUUGUUGUACAGAUUCCAUCUAAAUGAAAAGGGUCCCAAAUCUUGAUUGAAA